GUGUUGGCACACUCUUAUCAGCGACUAAAGGAGCUGAUAAAGUGCAUGUUUAAAUAAUUUCCAGCAGUUUUAGUAAUACGCUCAUAGUUAGUACGGUUAGUAUAACGCUUGACACCGCUUGACAAAGAAAAAAAAAUAAACGACACAAAAAUAUGGAUCACACCUGGGUAUCGACAAACGUCUAUGAGGAUUUGCCUCCAUUUGCCAUCCAUGCCGGCAAUGAUUCGGAUGGUGAUGACAUCUAUGUUGGACGUGCCUACCACAAUGGCGAUAUGUUGCCAUGCAAAGUGAUUCCCAACAAGAAGCAAGCCUAUGUCGCCUGGGGCGGUGAGGAGCACAACAAACAUGACAUUGAGAUCCUGACAGGUCAUCAUUAUGUCUGGAUCCCCGCCAGCUUUGGUUCGGUACCACCACAUGCCUUGCGUGUUGGCAGCACUAGUGAUGGUGAGCCCUUGUAUGUGGGACGUGGCCAUCAUGCCGGCAGUUUGACUCCCGGUAAAGUCCAUCCCUCCCACGGCUGUUUGUACAUUCCCUAUGGUGGCGCCGAGGUCAAAUUGGAACACUACGAAGUGUUGGUACAACCUGAGACGUGGAUUUCCUCCUCGGGCUAUUCCGUUGUGCCUGGUACCGUACAUGGUGGUACCGAUUGCGAUGGCCAGGACAUCUAUAUUGGACGUGCCUACCACAACGGUGAUCUGUUGCCCGCCAAAGUCAUUCCCGGCAAGAGCUGUGCCUAUGUCGCCUAUGGCGGUGGCGAACAUGUGAAGCAAGACUAUGAAUUGUUGGUCGGCUACGGCUAUGGUUGGGUACCCGACUCCAAUGGCAGUGUUCCACCCGGUGCCGUGGUCUGUGGCCGCACUUCCGACGGUGAGCCUUUGUACAUUGGACGCGGUCAUUGGAGCGGCAGUUUGACACCUGGCAAAAUUCAUCCUUCCCAUGGCUGUUUGUACAUUCCGUUCGGUGGUCAAGAGGUGCGCCUCGACAACUACGAAGUUUUGGUCAGAUCUUAAGACAAGUUAUCAGUACGUGCUUGGUGUUUCAUUUUUUUCUUUUCAUUGUUAAAUGCAUUCAUUUUUUUAUAAUAAUUGUUAUUUUUAUCUAUUGCUGAUUAUUUAUGUUCUAGUAAGAAAAAAAUAAAAUAAAAAUUAAUUGUUUUAA